AUGCGGUCGUCGAUAGCCUGCGUCCGGUGUCGUCGCUCGAAAGUGAAAUGUGUCAACACUGGCCCAAACACCACGUGCCGUGCUUGCGAAGCAAGCAAUAGGGAAUGUACCUACCCUCCGCCGGUUGUCAGCGGCGCGCCUCGCGUCUCGUCUGGCACGGCGGCCGUCAGGACUAGCAACAGCGGCUCCGGUAGAGACAUUGCGCCUGGUGGCGGUGGAGGGGCCGCGGCGCCGCACCAUGGGACCCCCGGCGAUCGCGCAGAGGCCCCAAAGAAGCCGAAGCCGAAGAAGCCUGCUCCUGCCGGCAACGUGGCACCAGGACCGGCGAGCUAUCAGGGCGCGAAGGCGUUCAAGGAUGCUCUGGACGCGCCAAUUCUGACCCCUGCCAUGUGGACCCAAGUUUUUGAGGCGUUCCAAUUGCACCACUCGCCCACGCUGCCGUUCCUGCACCCGCCGAGCUUUUUGUCGCGUCUCCGCGUUGCGACAGCGGGAUCGGCGGCCACUAACGGCGGUGGCUCGACACCACCGGCGCCCGAAAAGCCUCAUUCACCGCUGGUAUUGUUGGGGCUGUUGACUUUGGCUGCUAGACAUGUUCCGACGCUUGUCGCGUACCAUGCGCCAGCGCUGACGACGCCGUCGGCGGUUUCGGACUUUUAUGCGUCGGCGUUGAAGUACAGGCUCCACAACGAUGACGACACGAGUCUCAACGCGCCGGGCGAAAAACGGAGCGCAUUUGCGACGCCAACGCUGGAGAAGACUCAGGCGAUCCUCAUGUUGGCUGUGCAUGAGUGGGGAAUGUGUCGAGGGUCUGAGGCUUACGUGUGGCUCGGAAUUGCCAUUAGGAUGGGAGGCGUCUUGGGACUUAGCUGGGAUGACGUUCACGAAGAUGAGCAGAUGUGGGCGAACCCAUUUAUCACACUCUCAUUGGCUGGGGGCAAGAACAGACGCGAAGCAAGCCCUUCCGCAAAGAGGAGAAAGUUGGACAACUAUGCCAGGCCUUCUAGUGGUGGAAGCGGUACAGGAAGCAUCAACAACAACAAUCAUGAUAGUAAGGCUUCCGGCAAGGAUUUUAUCGAGAAGGAGGUGAGGAGACGGACGUUUUGGGCGCUUUUCAUGCUUGAUCGGUCUUUGAGCUCUGGUCGGUUCAGGCCGAGCGGAAUCUCGCUCGCCGAAGCGUCGAGAGUGCAAUUGCCCUGUGAGGAGAGAGGCUUUCUUUUUGGUGAGGGUGUGAGGACUGGGUUCUUGUCGGUUGACGGAUAUGACAAGACAGAGGAGAGGAAUGGCGGGGACAGUAAGCGGUGGGAAGUGGGUGAAGAUGAAGGUAUUUUGGCUAGGGUUGUCAGGAUCACUGAGAUUUGGGGAAGGGUGCAGGAUUGGGCCUGUGCUGGCGGAAGAAGACAAGAAAAAUACCCUCCAUGGUCGCCCCAUUCUAAAUUCUACCGGCUGUCACAGUUGCUUGAUGGAUUCCAUUCGUCUCUUCCAAGGCAUCUACACUUUUCCCCGCAAACACUUUCUGCGCACAUGUCUUCGCGUACAUCAAGUGCAUAUGCAGUUAUGCACAUUACUUACUUCCUCUGCCUCGUCAUCAUGCAUCGGGAAUAUAUCCCCUUCCUGCCGCUCCGUAUCAAUCGCCCACAGGGUCCUCUCGAUCCACCAAUAUUCCUCGCGGAUGACCCCGAGACCGACAGGGAAGGCCUUGAGCCCGGGACCACGGUCUCGGAUUGGUGGGAGGAGUCCGCAAAGGAAAUAUUUAGAUGUGCUCGCGGCAUCAUGCAGAUUGUGAACGGUCUUGAAGAAUGGAGCAGCUCCGUCGAGACUCCCGCCGUUGGAUUUGCAGUCUAUAUGGUUGGUGUCUCGGGUGUCUAUGCCUGGAGCUUCCCGUGGAUGGACCAAUCAGGAUACAUUACCGGCAGCAUUCCGCAUGAAGCCAGCGCCUCGGGCGACGACGAGGAUGAAGAUAUGGAGGGAAGCCGUAGCAGCCGCAGUGCCGAAGGCACCGGUCUCGAGGCCCGGAAAGCCGUCGAACUGAUCACAAAGAUGAAGGGGAUGUGGCGCAUGGCUGAAGGCUGGUUCCUCACCUUGGGCCGCAUGCGGAAGUACUUCCAAAAUGUCCGCAGCGAGUAUGUCCGCCUGCAUGGUGACGGCGCCAACAGCGACGACGGUGCGCCGGAGAAGCCUGAAGCCGCGGUCGCCCGCAGACUCAAAGACGGUCUCGGUGGCGGCUACGAAGAGUAUAAACGCUUCGAGCAGCUCUUCCAUGACUUUACCGGUAUAUCCGACAGCGAGAACGCCACCGCCCGCGACUCAUUCAACACACCACCCCCACAUGCGCCUCAAAAGCGCUCCGCCCCUGAGACCGCCAACCACGACCCUGAAAUCAAGCGCGAAGGCAGCACUGGUACCGUGACCAAACGCGAAGGUGACGUCGAAGCUCUCCUUCUCGCCGCCGAAGGUGCCAACAGCGCCCCAGGCGGCGAUCGCUGGAUGGCUGUCAACACGCCGCGCCAGCAGCAAGAGCAACAAGCCGCCGCUGCCGCAGCAGCAGCAGGGACAACAGCACCACGCCCCCAACAGCCAACAUCAUCACCUCACCGCCGACCAGAGCAGGGGCCAGCGCAGCCAGGUGCACAAUCAGAAGGGUAUCUGACAAGCCUAGCUAGCUAUGCGGCAGACCAGCAGCCAAUGCCGGCGCCAGCGCCAGCACCAGCACAGACCCCAAAGGAGGGAACUGAGCGCAAGCGGAUGAUGGAGCACGAGCAGCUACAGAGAGAGCUUGAUAAAGGCGAACGAUGUGGUGGCGGGGCCGAGGAUCUGGCGGUUUUUGUGAAUGGGAGAGGGAUAGAGGAUUGGGAUGAGGGCAGCUGGAUGGGGCGCAUUUGGGAGAAAUAG